GCAGAGGAGAGCCCAGCAGCCACCGCAGCUCCAGCCCUGCUCUUGGUUCCCUCGGCCCCUGCAGCACCAUGAAGGUCCCUGCAGCCACCCUGACUGCCCUGCUCCUUGUGACCAUCUGCUCCCCAGCUGAGGCCCAUCGUGAUGACUCCAACAUUGGUGCACCUACACAGAAGAAAGCCACUGCCCCCACCUUCUGCUGCUUCAGCUACAUGGUACGCAUGAUCCCACGCAGAUCCAUCGCCUCUGCCUACAUGACCAGCAACAUUUGCCCCCAGCCAGCGGUGAUCCUGGUCACCAGGAAAGGGAGGGAGGUGUGCGCGGACCCCCAGAUGCCCUGGGUGCAGGCAUAUCUGAAGCACAUCCCGAUCAUGGAGCACCAACACUUCCCUGCUGACACCCCACUGCAGCAGGCUCGGUCCCCGGCACCAGACACACAGCAGAGUGCUUGAGCUGCACCCUUCUUCAACAGGAAAAUUUAUUCUCAUUGGCAUACAUUUGUUAAACUGAAUUUUCUUUGCUAAGGAAGUGAAAAUACAAAAGUGAUUUAAAAGGUAUCAACAUGUCUGGUA